AAAUCGGUCGUGGUUGCCAUUAAAAUGUAAAACUGCUUUCGUGUUAUCGACUCGAGUAAUAGUUAUAUGUGGUUCUCACAACUGGUGCAUUUAUUAAUUUAUUAUAAUAUAUUAUUAUGUUUGCACACGGGAAAAUGGUUGUAAUCACGAAGCUGAGUGCUAAACUCUGCUAUCACUUAUCGCGAGACACAAAGUGUUUUUUUUUUACAGACCACGGGCCACCACGCACGCGUCUAAAUUGUAAUCUCAUUUUAACUUUAUAAAUCUGAUGACAUUUGGCUCAUUGUAAUUUCGUACACAAUUAUAAUAGAUAAUGUAUAAUGUAUUACGCGGCAACGAUUACUGUAGUCUUGAAAAUGCUAAUACAAUGGUUAAUAUGCGGUUAUGCGAACCUCUCCGUUCUUGCUAAUAGUUGCUAUAAUUGAAGUAAAUAAUUACUACGAUGGUGCCAUAUCGUUGCCGUUGCGGCGGCGGGUUGAUGUCGACAUUAAUGGUGGCUGCUGUCCUCGUGUGCGGUGCUGUCGCAGGGACGAUGCAAGUCGAGUACAGCUGGGUGUACGUGGACUAUACAUUUGCCAGUCCGAAUCACCGAGAAUCGGCCAUCAACUCCGGGAAGUUCAUUCCUGAAAACUGUGUCAUACUGGACGUGGACAUAUUUCAAGGUCCAUCUGAAGAAAAAUUAUACUUCAAUAUGGGUUCAAAUUCAAAUUCUGCUGUUACAAAACAACGAGUGUUUGUAACGGUUCCUCGUAUCAAGCCGGGAAAUCCUGCAUCGAUCGCAGAAGUAGUUCCAGGAGAUCGCCCAAGUUCCGUGCUAUUAGCGCCGUACCCGAAUUGGAAGGCUAAUACUAUUUCAGAAGAAACGAUCAAUUGUGACGAUACGAUUGUUUCAGUAUUUAGAACCAAAAUUGACUACCUCGGUCGAUUUUGGGUUGUUGAUGUCGGCACAUUAGAUCAAUUUGAGAUGACAGCUCGUUCCGUGUGUCCUCCAAAACUUUUGAUAUUCGACUUGAAAAAUGGCGAUAGAGUUAUAAAAACGUAUAAAUUUCCUUCGUCACAGGUAAAAGACGUUUCAUUGUUUACUAACAUCGAAGUCGAUAUCAGAGAUUCAAAGGGCCGUAAUACAUUUGCUUACAUAACCGAUACUACUGCAUAUAAACUUGUCGUGUAUGAUUUUAAAAAUGACGAAAGUUGGGUGAUAGAUCAAGCAUACUUUUACCCGUACCCAAAUAAGGCUCAUUUUAAAAUUAAAGGAGUUAACUUCGACUUAAUGGAUGGAAUAUUAGGAUUAGCCUUAGGUCCUAUAAUAAAAAACGAUCGAAAAUUGUAUUUCCACGCCUUCGCUAGCAUCAGGGAAUCGUGGGUGAACACCAACACAUUGCAAAAUAAAUCGUUGUUUCAAAAUGGUUUAAUCGACGGUUCCGGUACAUUCUUUUUGUCUUCGGAAGUUAGAGAAACCCAAUCUAGUAUUGAAGUGAUGACUGACAAUGGAGUACUUAUAUACGCAUCAAUGGAUAACAGUUUGGGUUGUUGGAACAUCCAGGACCCAUUUACAACUAAAUACACCCACAGGAUAUAUAAGAGUGACGAAGAUUUUCAAUUUCCCAGUGGCAUGAAAAUUGUAGGGGACAAAGUGUGGGCAGUGUCAAGUCAACUUCAAAAUCAUUUCACCACUAUGGUCACUAAUCGUAAAUCGGUCAAGUACAGGGUGCUGGUUGGUCGAGUUGACGAAUUGAUAAAACGCACAGGAUGCGAUAAGAGGACAAGAUUCGACGACGAUAACGACGAGUAUCUUGUCGAAUCAUUUGACGAUAACAUAUUACAUGAAUGGCGUGCGGUACCAGACACGGAACCAUGGAGCUAUUCGAGAAUGUCCAGGGUGUUCGAAGACAAAAAUGGCGCACAUCAGACUCCCGUUAAGUCGUUGGUAUUGACCGGAAACGUAAACGUACACGGUCACAGUAAAUCGGCGUCGUUAUCCUACGAUUGCCGUAUGAGUAUGAUCAACGGUCAACUGAAAAACCGCGACUGUUUGGGCAAGUCUCGUCGGAGGAACCGGGUGAGGCGCGGUCUGGGUCCUCAAAGGUGACGCAUCUUUAUUAUCGUUGCCAGUUGCUUGUGGUGAUCAUUGUGACAUACAACAUGUGUAACGGCUCAUAUAUCCAUAUCCAGAAGAAAUUUAUAAACAACUUCUGUGUUAUGUUUUUUUUUUUUUUAUAUGUAUAUAAAAUAUAAUUUAAACCGUACAUAACCUCAUAGGUCAUAAUCAUAAACGAUGCAUAUAUAUUACGAUAUUUAGUUAGUAUAUAUUUAGAGAUCGCGAUUGCGCAACGCGUACCUAUAUAAUAUAAUAUAUGUAGCGGAAGUAGUAUCACGAGUUGUUUCUAGAAGCUCAUUAGUAUAGGUAGGUAUAUAAUUAGUUACGUUCGUAUAAGUAUGCGUUAAGUUAGAGACAUAAGUAAGUGUGUACUGAAGAAUACAUUUUACAUUCUAAAUGUGAUUAGUGCGUGUCCGUAAACCAUUUUGAGAAAUCUAGGUGUUUGUAGACGAUGAGAAAUAAUUAUGCAACUAUUUACACAUAUUACUUAUAUUAUAUAUAAUAUAUUGCUUAGGAUAAACGUAAAUAACAUAACCAAGCCUAAUUAGAAUUAUUCUA